CUUGAGUUCUGCGGGCUGACGUGCAAUGCAGACAUGGGCCGGCCCGCAGUUAGUCCUUGCGCCAAGCGUGAGCAAUGGCCGUGGCUUCGCCUUUGACUCUGGCCUCCCGCGAGCCGUUGCCUAAAGCGUUUUUGAGGACUUCGGGGUCUUCGCACUCGCGCGGGGCGGCGGCGUUUCCUGUCACUCCUGCCCUGGCCUUGGCUGCCGCGGCUGCGGCGCCACGAACCCUGGGGCUGAGGCGCUUGCAGAGGAACUCGGAACCUUCGGAGAGCGGCGCCUUCUUGCGUCGGCAGCUGGUUGUGGCCUCCACACUCGCGGCCCCCGCCCAGGCAGAGUUGCCCCAGCCCCAGCAGCUUCAGCUCUUCCCCGAAGCGCUGAAGAAUGCCCAGGGCAAGGUGGCGGUCAUCACCGGAGCCACUGCUGGAGUUGGCCUCGAAGCGGCGCGGAUUCUUGCCGGCGCCGGAUGCGAUGUGUAUUUGACAGGGCGCACGCUGGCAAAAGCCGAAGCUGCAGCCGCCGAAAUUCGCGUUGGAAAGGUCGUCCCCAUGGAGCUCAACGUGGCCUCGUUGGACUCGGUCCGAAGAUUUGUGUCCACUUGGAAAUCAAAUGCCAGGAGGCCGGUGGACAUCUUGGCUUGCAACGCCGGCCUGGCCUUGGGUCAGAGUCUGAAGGAGCCCGAGUUCACGGAGGACGGUUUCGAGCUGACUUUGGCCACCAACCACCUGGGCCAUUUCCUGCUCGUCAAUGAGAUGUUGCAGCAAUUGUCGCCAUCAGCGCGCAUCGUGGUGACGGCGUCCUCGGUUCACAACCCGGCUACGGGCGAUCCUGGCGCACAGGCAACUUUGGGCGACUUGUCCGGGCUGCAGCGGGGCGGAGCCAUGGCAGACGGCGGCACUUUCGACGCCGCGAAGGCGUACAAGGACUCAAAGCUCUGCAACGUUCUCUUCACGUUGGAGCUUGCUCGGCGGCUGAAGUCAACGGGCAUCACCGCGAACUGCUUCAGCCCAGGCCUGAUCCCCUCGCCUACCUUCUUCCGCUACCAGAGCCAGGGGUUCUCCUCCGUGUUCGCUUUCGCUGCGCAAAACAUUCUGAAGAUUGCGGAGACGCCGGAGUUUGGAGGCAUGGCUCUAGCGCUUAUGGCGCUGGACCCGAGCUUGGACCAACGGUCGGGCUGUUUCUACUCAGCCAUACCUCCCGGGAAGCACCUCUUCGUGGAGGACCAACCGUCACCAGAGGCCCAGAAUCAGCGAGAGGCAGCUGAGUUGUGGCAACGCUCUGCCGCAAUGGUAGGCCUCUGAGCCGGGUGAAGCCGGAGCCUUCUUAUGAAGCGCCUCCGCCGGUG